AUUCGUCUCUCCCAGGGUUCCCGCCCCCCUCCUCGUCGGCCCGCCCUACGACCCUUCCACAUACAUGCUAUAAGCAGCCCCUCCCGCUACCUCCCGCUUUAGACCAAACCUCCUCAACGCCCAAAACUAUCCCAAGCAACCUCGCCAAGCAGGGCGCUUCUGUGGCGCUGGAAUUACGCAAUGCGCUCGUCGCUCGAGGACGUCCCCGACGAGAUCAUCCGCCAUAUCCUACUCUAUGUACCACCCGAGCACACGAUUGCGAGCUUCCAGUUAGUCUCCCGCCGAUAUCAUCACCUUUCAAACGAGGCCCUUCUGUGGCGAUGGCACUGCCAAAGCUCGUUUCGCUUCUGGCAACCUGAGCACAAGCUCUCGGAGAAGCUUGCGACGCUCGCGUCUGCGGUAGACUGGAGGGGGUUAUGGAUCACAAGAAAGCAUAGGAACGACAAGGCGGCACGGUUACUAGACGGCGUAAUCGCGACAAAGCUCGGCCAGCUAAAACGGAUGCAGGGCAUUUGCGAGCUGGGCUACGAUGUGAAGGACUACCUACUGGAGCAGUGUCACGUUGACGAUGAUACGGAAGAUGUCCUGGCUAGGAGGUACUACGCGAACUCGGCAUUAGACAGCAUACACAGGGGCGCGGCGGUGGAAUUGUGGUCUAGGUAUCAGGGCCGAGCAUUGAGCUCUGAGGGUCUCGACACCGCGCUGGGCGCGUUUGAUAUGUUUGUGCUGCACGACCGAGAAGAGGACCUCGAUUACGUGGUACGGACACUCGAUACACUCGCUGAGCGAUUCAGGACCGAGCACCCGACAUUCGAAGACCUAUCCACCAGAGAGAAAGCCCUGUCCCUAGUCCGCUGGCUGAGAGCAAAUAAUCUCACCGGUAUGGACCGCUCUGACAUCAACUACCGCAACCUCAGGAACUGCUUCAUCGGCCAUGCCCUGUCUGAAGAGGACCACCCUUCCCUCCCUAUAAUUUCGAGCGCCAUCUUCACCUGUAUUGCGGAACGCUUAGGGUUGACCGCUUUUUGUCUCGGCUUCCCCAACCACGUCCACGCAGCGGUGUACGCCCCAGCCGGGAAGGAUCUAGACGGUGAUGAAACAGACGAAUCAAAUGGGGAGACGAAGCGGAUGUGCUUGGACCCGUACGGAUCUGACCACGAGGUUACCCUCAGCGACUUACGGAUUAGGCUUGUCGAGUUUGGCUGGACUCAGGGGACCGAAGCAUUCCUUACACCGUCACCCGUUCCGAUUAUCGUGCAGCGGACGGCGCAGAAUAUCAAGUCCACCUACGACGCUGCCCACAAUCUCGCAGACAACGAUGCCUUAGGGUCUGAGAUGAGGCGCUUGCGAAGCGGUCACCCUGGUUUGAACAUGGAUGCGGCCAGGUACGCCUCGAUGUGGGCAGAGCUUUUGAUGAAGCAAACAUCUAGCUUCCACUGGGAUUCGAACCUAGACGCUUUCCUUCAAAAGUUUGCCCUAUCUUGGAGCGAAGAUGUCUGGAUAGUCAAAAAGUACCUCGUUCCUCUAUACGACAAGUUCGUGAUUUCGCAACCACACCGCCGGCAGCGGAACCCCUGGCACAACGUGCACGAAGCCCUCGGCAUGCUCGAGAACCUUGACAAGAGGGUACCAGAAGUUAGCCGGCGGUACACGGAGGACAUAACCACACGUGUCCGCUAUAAGAUCGGGCAGGUUUUCCGUCAUCGCCGAUACGGUUUCAUCGGCGUCAUUAACGGCUGGGCGGCCAUGGGCAGCGCGAGCCUGCCGAUGCCGCAUUAUCUCGAUGCCGCCGAGGCCGAGGAGGAAGGCGACGUGUUUGAUCCGACCGAGUCGGUGCACUCGACCAGGCUGGGGCCGCAAAGGACGUAUUACACUUGCCUUUCACCCAGGAAGACUACCGUUGACCGGUUGCGAGUGGCCCAAGAUAACGUAGUUAUCGUCUCUGACCCUAGCCUUGUCUCGGACGAUCUCAUGUUCGUGGCGGGCAAGUUCUUUCUGCGAUUUGACCCAGAGACUUGCACAUUCGUGUCGAAUCUCAAGGAAUACUACCCUGACGACUGAUGGAGUGGCUGGAGUGAUGAGAACGCUAUGUUGCUCGUUAUCUUUGACGACUUUUCAAUGCAAAGUAAUAUAUAUUGGCCCGUCCCACACCAUCGCCACAGGAAGGAAUGCCAUUAGACCACGGGGCGUAAUGGAGGGGGUUAUCUACGGCGCAGGCAGGUCGGAACAUGACCGCUAUAGCCGAGUUGAAUCGCGGGCAUAAGAAUACCGGGCAACUCCCGUAAUCAACCCCCUCAAUUUAAAAGAGUGAAGCGUGUUG